AACUCCAGCAAUUUAUCAACAAAAAAGAAGAAGAAGAAAGAUGAGUUCAGGAGAGAUGUCCAUGGAUACAAUUAUGGAAGAUGAAGAUUCCUUUGUUUCUAAUACAAAUGCAAUCAUCUACGCUUCUUCUGAUAUUUCAGGCUGGACUCAGAGUUUGAUCUCAGAUAACAAUAUUCCCAAUUCGUCAUCUUCUACCAGUGUAGACGACCGCCAGCAGCAGAUAUCGACGGCUGGUGUUGGUGGUGAUUCGAUGAUUGUAUCAUCAGGUGCAUCUUCCAGCUGGUUUAAUAAUAAUAAGCAAAUUGAUGAUCAGCAAGAGAUUAGGAUAUUUAAUGUUGAUUUCAGAGCACUUUGCAACAACACUUGUGGUUUAUUGCCGGAUACUGGUCGGACAGUGAACGAAGAGACUAGUGUUAGGCUUGUCAAUACGUUGAUGGAUUGUGCCGAGGCGAUCCAAGAGAAUAACCUAAGUCUAGCGGAUGUACUAAUCAGUGACAUAAGAAGACUUGCAGUUUCACAAAUUAGCGGAGCAAUGAAGAAAGUGGCGACUUAUUUUACAGAUGCUUUGUAUCAUAAGAUUCACAGAUUAAUUCCACAAGAUAUUGUUGAAUCAUCCUAUUACACGGACCAACUCUUGCAUAUGAGCUUCUACGAGAGUUGCCCCUUGCUCAAAUUCGCUCACUUCUCAGCCAAUCAAUUCAUUUUGAACACCUUCGCUGAUUCCAAGAGAAUACAUGUAAUUGAUUUCAGCUUGAAUCAAGGUUUGCAAUGGCCGUCAUUUUUGCAGGCUCUCACUUUGCGUCCUAGUGGUCCACCAGUUUUUCGGCUCACAGGAAUUGGUGGCCACUCUCAGCCUGAUGAAACUACCGAUGCCUUACAAGCAGUUGGUAGGAAGCUUGUCCAAUUUGCAGAGUCAAUGGGUGUAGAAUUUGAGUUUCGUGGAUUAGUGGUCCAUACUUUAGCUGAUCUUGAAGCAUCAAUGUUGAAUAUUAGACCCAGUAACGUGGAAGCAGUGGCUGUUAACUCUGUUUUUGAGCUUCACCCUCUGCUUUCCACUCCAGGAGCAAUUGAGAAAGUGUUGCAUAUAAUAACACAAAUACAACCGAAGAUUGUGACCAUCGCCGAACAAGAAGCGAAUCACAAUAGGAGUGACUUUAUGAACAGGAUUACCGAAGCAUGGCUUUAUUAUUCAAUAAUGUUCGACAUGUUGGAGAACAAAGAGUCGACUCAGAUCAAGAGUUUAAACUUGAAGAUGGCGGAGCAGUACCUUGGGCGGGAGAUCUAUAACUUGGUGGCUUGCGAAGGGACUAAGCGAGUUGUGAGACACGAGACGUUUGGUCAAUGGCGAGUGAGGUUUAACUCUGCAGGGUUCAACCUGGUUCCCCUGGGUUCAAAUACGUAUGGACACGCAAACAUGUUAUUGGCCUUGUACACAAAUGGAAAGAGAUACAGAGUAGAAGAGAAAGAUGGGUGUCUUAUGUUGAGUUGGCAUAGUCGCUCGCUCAUCACCACAUCUGCUUGGUGCGGCUAUGACGCAAAGUCUAGGGAUUAGUCAAUGGGUGAGGUU